AUGUCCUAUUUCCGCAUCACCCUAAUCCGGUCAGCCAUUGGCCUGCCGGCAAAGUCUGGCAAUGUCCUAAAAGCUCUCGGUCUGCGCAAGCGGAUGGCAACCGUUUUCCACCCUGUCACACCAUCGGUCGCUGGUCAGAUCAUGAAAGUCAAGGAGCUAGUUGCCGUCUCAGAAGUGGACAAACCAUUGACAAAAGAGGAGGUGCAUCAAGAAAGAGUUCCCGACGCAGGUUUCUAUGUCGAAUCGAGGGCGGAAGAUAUGAGAAAGAAACAAGACUUUUGA